AUGCCCGUGCCAGAUCCUUGUCCCUUCUGCGGCUUCGAGCCGGAGCAAGGAGAAAAUGAAACCAUUCUACAGCACAUCGAUAAACAUCACCCGGACGGUGGACAGCCGGCUUCCACCGACAAUGAGGCCCCUUUGGUGUGCCCCGAGGAAGGGUGCGGUGAGAUCCUCCAACCCGAUGAGCUAGCUUUCCACCUGGAGCUCCAUGAGCUUGAAGCACAGGGUGCCACGCCUGAGCCCGGGCCUGAGCCUGCUGCGGAUCAGACUCCAUCUGUACCUCGAAAGCCGGCUACGCCAACUAGAGGGAACUCUCGCAAGAACAAGAAAGCUAGCACUAUCCAGGCGUGGAAAGAUUUGUUCAUAGGAAAUAGCAGGUCGAGCCAGACCCAGGAUAGUAGCAACAGCAGCAGUAGUCGCACUCGCCACAAGACCAAGAGGGAAGAUGCUGGCGUAAGUAAGAGUCCCGACAGAGGCUCUUCAUCUCGGACUACGAAUGGAGAACGACGUCGAAGGUCUGGCCAGCUGGGGAGAUCCGAGCUCGGUAGAUUCGCACAUGAAAAGAAGAUGCCCCCGUGGCUCAUAACCCUUCUUCAAGAUGAGGGUCAGGUUGUUAACAACGACGUUUUGCCUGUUCUAAGUCAACUCCUCGAACAGAGCCCCACAACCCAAUAUGCCUAUCUCUGCCAGCCUGCUGUGCAGCACGUUUCCAAACUAAAGCAAGAAGGCGGAUUUUGUGGUUAUCGAAACAUUCAGAUGCUCACAUCCUACAUCAUCUCUGCUCAGAGCGAAGGUUCAAAGCACUUUGGGAGCAGCUUUCCUAGCAUAUUCCAGAUCCAGGACCUGAUCGAGAACGCUUGGGAUAAUGGUUUUAAUGCUCAGGGCAGAGCAGAGACAGGAGGUGUCAAAGGGUCACGAAAGUAUAUUGGCACACCUGAGGCCCAAGCUGUGUUUCUUAACUUGAAUAUCCCUUGCUCGGUUCAAGCAUUUAAGGAUCCAGAGCGCGGCAAGUCCAAACAACGUCUUUUUGAGGCUAUCGAGCGAUACUUCCAAGGAGGCGUCACCAGCGUCGAGGAUAGAAUUCAUCGCACUGACUUGCCACCGAUCUAUCUUCAGCACCCAGGACACUCCUUGACCAUCGUCGGGUUCGAGAAGCAGAUGGACGGCCACACAAACCUCUUGGUAUUCGAUCCCAGCUUUCACGAUUCUACAAAGAUCAGAAACCUCGUCGGGAAAACAGUUCGACUGAAACCCUCUUCCAUCGACGGACUUGUGAAGCCAUAUCGUCGCGGUUCGCACUACUUUCGUAAACACAACCAAUAUGAAGUGCUCUAG